CUUGAACAUAAACUGUCGGAUCAUUUUCCCAAGUGGUUGGUACACAACCGACGGAAACGACAGCCUCCACAUUCCGGUGGUAUCACUCGUAAAAACGAUGAGUUCUGCGUAUGUGAAGGUCCUCCUCGGUGCCGCCGCCACCGCCGCCUCGCAUUGCCGCGACGCAUGUGCCGUCGGCGACUUUGAAAACUUUUCGGUGGAAACGGCGCGCUCAGAACUCAUUGUUCCCGCCGUGUUUCCUACUUCUUCGGGAUAAUAACUGUGGUAAAUGCGAGCCGCACAAUUGUCAUCGGUAAUUGGUAUGGACGUCUUCGUGGUACUCGUCAUUGCACUCGCUGUUAAUAUCAAUGUUUGUUCCUCCGCGGAGCCGAGGGAAAGUGGCAUAAGUUUGGAAACGAAGCUUUUAGGGCAAAACAUGACAUUAAAAUCAGUAGUGGUCGACUUCUUGUCGGCCCCAUUGGCGUCGAAAUCCUUCGACAACUCUACCAGAAAACCUAAGUCCAGACCUCCAGUCAACGACGUCGUGAGCAAGAACAUAACAAUGGUGCUGGAGAACUUGCUCAAGAACUACGAGAGCUCCCAGUUGCCAACGCACGGAAAAGAGCAACCAACUGUUGUCCAAACCAAUAUUUUAAUACGAAGCAUGGGUCCAGUUUCCGAAUUAGAUAUGGAAUAUUCUAUGGAUUGUUAUUUCAGACAAUACUGGAGAGAUCAACGUUUAUCAUUUUUAGGUCCUAUUAAAUCCUUAUCGUUGUCGAUAAAAAUGCUGGAACGUAUUUGGCGACCGGACACAUAUUUUUACAACGGGAAAAACUCGUACGUUCACACCAUCACUGUGCCGAACAAAUUACUGAGGAUCAGCCAGGAUGGCGAUAUUUUAUAUUCCAUGAGACUUACGAUAAAAGCGAAAUGUCCAAUGGAACUGAAAAGUUUUCCUAUGGACAGACAAUCGUGCCCGCUAAUUUUGGGAAGCUAUGCUUAUACAUCUAAGGAUCUCGUUUACCAAUGGCAGAAUGAAGCUAGUGUGAAUUUUGUGCCGGGGAUGACUCUUUCACAAUUCGAUUUAAUGAGUUUUCCUUAUAGAAAUUUCACAUUCACUAGAAGAGAAGGUGAUUUCUCCGUUCUUCAAGUCUCAUUCAACCUCCAACGACACACCGGUUACUUUCUUAUUCAAGUUUAUGUACCUUGCAUACUUAUAGUGGUACUUUCUUGGGUAUCCUUCUGGAUCCAUCGGGAGGCCACAUCUGACCGUGUAGGACUUGGAAUUACCACCGUUUUGACAUUAUCCACCAUCAGUUUGGACUCCAGAACCGAUCUACCCAAAGUACGAUAUGCAACAGCUUUGGAUUGGUUUCUUUUGAUGAGCUUCUUCUACUGUAUUGCCACCCUGUUGGAAUUCGCCGGCGUGCACUACUUCACAAAGGUUGGAAGUGGGGAGAUACCAGUAGAUGAAGAUGACUGGGAAGAGUAUGGUGCAGAAAAAGACGACACAAUUGACACUUCUACUUCCCAAUUAAUUGAAAACCCGUUAGGCGAGACCAUUAGUAGGCGAAGGAAAAGUUCUUUGAUAUGUCCCAUUUACAAUAAUUCAUCUCUCCAUUAUGAAAGUAGAAGAACAUCGUUAACUUCCAGUCCUCAAAUUGCACCUCCAGUUCGCUUAACUAUGGAAAGAAUGACACAAACCGAAAACAAACUACCGAAAUGGAAACAAUUUUUGUAUUGCUUGAAAGGUGACGAAAAAUUUCGCAAACAGAGGCAACGCGAAGCUUCAGGUCAAAAAGAAAAUGGACACCAUAACGUAAGGCAUAUUAACAGUGUCUCAUUAAUAGAUCGUGCGUCCAGAGUAUUGUUUCCCACCACAUUCGGAUUGUUCAAUCUAUGCUAUUGGAUGGUGUAUUUUACAGCUCAAGACGAUUUCAAAUGGGGCGACACCAAACUCCACACAUUAAACCAUUAAACCAUCAGUAUGAUUAUAAAUGUUUGCUUCAAUGUCAGCUUUAACGACGUUAAUUAUUAUUAAUUUAUUAUGUGGGUGUCAAAAAGUAAAUUCCUACCUAUACUUUUUGUCCGAUUUUGACUUUUUUUUGUACAAAAAUAUAUACUUAAA